AUGAACUAUCUCAGGACGACAAAAAUGGGGACAGUGAACAAGAUGGAAUUAAUAAAGCUAGCAAGGGAGGGCUCUUAUAUGGUGACUAUUUACAGCUUGAUAAAAGUGCUGGAUGCACAAGUACUACAGAGUGAGCUGAAGGGAAACAAAAUCCACGAUGAGCACCUUUUCAUUGUCACUCAUCAAGCCUAUGAACUUUGGUUUAAGCAGAUUCUUUGGGAAUUAGACUCUGUUCGAGAAAUCUUUCAGAAUGGACAUGUGAGAGAUGAAAGAAAUAUGCUGAAAGUUGUAACACGUAUUCACCGGAUUUCUAUGAUUCUUAAACUGCUGGUAGAACAAUUCUCAGUUAUAGAGACCAUGACCCCUAUGGACUUCUUCGACUUCAGGGAAUAUCUAUCCGCUGCCUCGGGCUUUCAGAGCCUGCAGUUUCGACUUUUAGAAAAUAAAAUUGGUGUUCCAGAAAUUCUAAGGGUUCCUUAUAACAGACGUCAUUACCGUGAUAACUUCAAAGGAAAAGAAAAUGAAGUCCUGCUUAAAUCUGAGGAAGAACCCACCUUGUUGGGUUUGGUGGAGGCAUGGCUUGAACGUACACCUGGAUUGGAGGAAGCAGGAUUUAAUUUCUGGGGGAAAUUACAGGCCAAUAUAUUUCAGGGAUUAGAGGAAGAGCUCCAAAAAGCAAAGGCUAAACCAGAUUCAGAGGAUAAAGAAGAGCAGCUGGCAGAACUUCAGAAGCAAAAGGAAGUCUUUACUGCUUUAUUUGAUGAGAAGCGGCAUGAACAUCUUGUCAGUAAAGGUGAAAGAAGGCUGUCAUAUAAAGCUCUGAAGGGGGCUUUAAUGAUCUACUUCUACAGGGAGGAACCACGCUUCCAGGUCCCAUUUCAGCUGCUCACCUCCCUAAUGGAUAUUGAUGUACUGAUGACCAAAUGGAGAUAUAACCAUGUGUGCAUGGUGCAUCGAAUGAUUGGUAGCAAAGCUGGGACAGGCGGUUCAUCAGGUUACCACUACCUACGAUCAACUGUGAGUGACAGAUAUAAAGUAUUCGUGGAUCUUUUCAAUCUUUCAACAUUUUUGGUGCCAAGACACUGGGUACCUCGAUUGAACCCAAGCGUACACAAAUUUCUGUACACCGCGGAAUAUUGCGACAGUUCUUACUUCAGUAGUGAGGAUUCUGACUGA